AUGCCCACCUACCUUUGCCACGGCUUCCGAUGGCACCGGCCGAGCAUCCGCGUCUUUGUCAUUGUGCAGGACCUCGAGGAUGCUUCGCCCGACUGGGUCGUCCGCCCGGCCACCACACGCAGCCUGCUCGAUGCCUUUGGUCGACUAUUUGACUUUUUGCCGACGCAGGACCUCGAGACAGACGCAGAGGCCGAGGCAGCAGCUGUGGUAGCCGCCGCCGCCGCCGCCGCUCAGAAAGCCGCCGAGGCCACGGCCGCCGCAGCCGCAUCCGCAUCCGAGCAGCGGGGGCGACGACAGUCUAUAUCGCAGGCAGCACGCGCAAAGAGCAAGUCGCGCAAGGACAAAAAGGACAAGGAGAAGGCGGCCAAGGUGAAGGAAAAGAAUGACGCAGCUGGCACACCCGGCGCAGCUGGCGCAGCGCCACUUUCCGGCCCCACACCGGUCGCAGGUGUCACGCGCCGUAACGAUGGCCGCGACGAGGUGCUGGCGCGGCAAGACCGCUCGCCCAUCAAGCUGCUCGAGGAGCACGACACACAGCGGCUGGACGAAAUGUCGCGGCCCCAUGCGUACGUCGCCGACUACGUAGCGCGCAUCGACCUUUCGGCGUCCAUUGUGGACGAGAUGGCGCGGUACGAGCGGCUGCAGCAGCAGCGGUGGCGGCGCGAGCAAAAGACCAAAGACGGGUUUCCGUCCAUGGCCGGGCCGUCGGAGGAGGGCGCGUCGUUGGGCGCUGCACUGGGCGCAGGCGAAGGCAGCGGCGGCGGCAGCGGUGCGACGCUGACAAAACGAAAAAAGGGGUCAGGCUGGCUCGAGCAGCUGCGGGACCAGCUGCAACGCGGCGAAGACAUCCGGUGGUAUGUGGUCGUAAACGACGAUGAAGACCGAGCGUACCCGGGCGAAGUCGAGGGCGAGGAGACCGACGACGAGACGGAAGAAAACGUGCUGGCGGCGGAGGCACAGGCGGAGGCACAGGCGAAGACCGAAACGACACGACAAGAAAGACUGCGCACGGAGGAAGACGAGAUUUUGCCGGAGCGACGACAACCCAGCUCGUUUGGCGACUUUAUGGACGAGCACGGCUUCGGCGACAGCAUCGCCACGGCGUCGUCCCCACCGGUCAGCAACCGCUACCUGGAGCGAGAACGCGAGCGGGAAAAGGAGCGACAAAGACAGCGGCUGCGCUUUGAGCUCACGGGCGAUCCCAAUAUUUUGGAAAAAUGGAACAUUCCCUCACCAACAUCAGCGACUGCGCCCCGCGCAAGCUACCGUCCAGGCCCGGGAAAGCCCACAAUAACGCCUUCGUCGUCGGCGGCGUCGACGGCGGCCCCGAUGGUAUUUUCUCUCUCACGCAAGCCGUCAACAGCCUCACAACAAGCACAGCAAGCACAGCAAGCACAACACAACCAACAGCAGCAGCAGCAGCAGCAGCAACAACAACAUCAUCAACAGAAUGGUCGGCGAGAUCGAUCCUCGACGAUAACCAGCAGCCUCAACAGCAACAACAUUGGCGACGACUUUGCCUUUCCACAGCCACCGCCAAUGGUGCCCUCAUUACGAGGACCGCAGCAACCGCAACUACAACCGCAACCGCAACCGCAACCGCACGCACAUCUGCAUCCGCAGCCGCCAAGCUCGCCGCCACCCAUGCCGCCCCUGUCUCCGCCAACAUUGCGCCCCAAAAAGUCGGGCGACUUGUCCGGCCUGCGACCCAAGACGCCCAAUGGCCGGUCGUCUGGUGGUGCGAGUGGGUUCCGGCGUCUCUUUGGUCGGUCAUCUAAGACGGCUGUCAAUGAAGCGGCGAAUCCGUCAUAA